AUGUCUGCCAAGAGCUACGACAACGCUGCCUUCGAGGCCGAGAAGGCCGCCAUCACCUCCUACGAGGAGAACUGGGACUCCUGGGACGGCCCCAUCUGGGACUGGCGCUCCACCAACAAGCCCGAGGUCGCCAACAAGGCCGUUGAGACCUUGAAGCGCCCCACCCUCGUCCGCAACACCACCUCCUGCUCCUCCAUCAGGACCAUCUCGUCCGAGACCUCCGAGUGGCACGCUUCUGCCACUCCUGCCUGCACCAAGUGCGGCCACGGCAACGCCACCGUCCACAUCUAA